AUGCUCGUCCGCGUCCUCUACUUCGCGCGCGCCCGCGAGGUCGCCGGCGCCGCGGAGGAGUCCCUCGAGCUGCCCGGCGGCUGCGGCACGGCCGCGCUGCUGGCGGCCCUCAGGGCGCGCCACCCCGGGCUGGAGGGUGUCCUGCGGAGCUGCGUGUUUGCGGUCAACCAGGAGUACGUGGCCCUUGACCAGGAGGUCCCCCUAAAGGAGGGGGACGAGCGGCGGGUGACGCGGGGGCCGGGGGCCGGCGGCAUGGCCUGGGAGUAG